GGUUUUCACAAAUAUACACCAAAAUGGCUUGCUUGGUAACAGUACCUUGACUGACUGGAGUUGAAAAAGAAAGGGGGAAGGUAUCGAUAUGAAUUCUAGAAAACCCUCGAAAGCCGUGGAUAGCAGUUUUGCUCAAGUAAAAAACUAUGAGUUGAUGUGUGUUGAAAACCCACCAAAGGGAGGAGUACCUAAUGAAGAGCGCAUCAGGAUUGCCUUUGCAGUUCUGGAUGACCUGGUUCCUAAGCUUGGGGUGUAUACUAGAAUCUUCACAAAAAUCAAGGAUGAUUUGUUCGAUGCUGUAUACAGUGAGGAUCUGACCACACAUACAGAUGGCUCUGUGAUGAAGAUCCCAUACUUUACCUUGAUGAAGAGGAUAUUCGAUGAAAGGGAUGACAAGCAAGAUCUAUUGUCAGACCAGCUGAAUGAGGUGAAGCGCAGGUUGUUUGAUAAGCACAAGCAAUUUGAGGAAUCCAAGCAGAAGAUCGCCCAGCUGGAGGAGACCAUUGAAGAACUGAAUCACAAAAUGGAAGGUCUAGAAGAAGAUAUCUCAGAAAAGGGAAUGGAUAUUGUCAGGAUUGAGGAGGAAUUGAAGGAGGAGAGGGAGAGGUCAGAAGAAAUGGAGCAAAGGUUAGAGGGGAACAUCAAUGACCUUCAGGACUCACUUGAUGAGGCACAUCAGGAAAUCGAAAAUUUAUCUCGAUACAAGAAAGGAUAUGAUGAUUUAUACUAUGCCUUCCUUGAGACUGGUGAAUCUUCAGAUACUCCUGAACGAAAGAUCAAACCUGUCAUAUCAACAAAAAGGGCGAACUUGAUGAACAACAUAGAGUCAGCGCAGAAGUUGGAGGACCAGAUCAUGAGUGUAAUGAACACAGCAGUAGAAGAAUUUGAUAAAUUCAUGGAGGAGCACAAAUCAGAAUUGAUGAAGAUUGAGGACCGAGAUGAUCUGACAGAUGCAGAAUAUGAGGUUCAGGAGAUGGACAUAGAACAAGCUGACCAAGAGCUUGAAGCAGUGCAAGAGCGCUUCAAAUUCAAUGUUGGGGACAUAAGCAAUGAACUUGCACUUCUGAAAGAGCACUGUAAGAUGCUGAUGAAACAGCUAGAAAUUUUAGAACAGAACAAACCCACAGUUACGAGGAGGAAAGGUACAGGCAAAAUGGCAGAUCCAGCAGGCCUCAAUAAGUCAGAUAUUGUAUUAGACCCCGACUCCAUUCUUUCUGCUGGUUUGAAUGAAGACAAUGAUGAUGAUGAGGGGCCAGAUGCUGACCCUUUUAUCCCCCAAGAGAGAGUCUUCAGUAAAUACGCUGCUAUGUUGUACACUUCAAACAACCAAGGACGCUCAUUUGAAGAAUUUAAAGAUGCCAAAUUUUGCCCAAGUUGUGGAGAAAAGACUGUGGUUUGUCCCCACAAACUGCCAGGAAGUGACAAGGUCAUUAUUCUCCCCCAUAACUGUACCCACAUCAAGAUUACCAGACCCAAGGUGCGCAUCAACAAGGAACUGAUAGAUGAGAUAAUGAAACCCAUGACUCCUGAUUAUUCCCUGGACAUGCCGUCCACCGCUGGAACCUACACCCGUCAGCUGGACAGUCUCCCCAUUGGCCACACCCCCGCCACCUCCAGGGAGAGUCCCAGUCUUGUAGGCAGUGAGGCUCACAUGCCUCACACAAUGCACAGGAUGUUUGAUGACUACAAGGAUCGGGCCGGAGAUCUAGAGAGAAAGAUUCCGAGGACACUGAGUAUUGGAAGAACAUUGUCACAGAUUGAACAGUUCUGGGCCUACAUGUUGGAGGGAGAUAAAAUUGUGGAAGAAAAAGACUUUGAAUAUUCUGUAUUGGACCGUUUAUACUUAUUCAUGCAAGAGAGAUACCUGAUUGAUGACAUAAUGUACCUGUGUACACAUGAUCUCCUGGCAGCCAUAGCGGAAUACUCCUCAAUGAAUAAGACCAUCCAGGUUUUUGGCAAUAUUCUGAGUGGAAACUUGGACGGAGCCUGCUUUCGGUACAUGUUGCUGAUGUGUGACUUCAUUAUAGCAGUGGAAUGGAAGGAGGUGGAGGACUUCAGGGCAUUCGCUCAUGUUGUGUAUCCAUUCAUGGGGGAGGAUGAUCUAGAAACCCUGCAUAUGAGUUACACGUCGUUCAGUGAAAAUAAAAUUUCACCUCAGCUAGUGUGCCAGUUCGUCAUGCAUUUAAUCCUCAAGUAUCGAGAACCAUGCUUCCAAGAGAUGGAGCAUAAGAUAAUUCCAGUGCAAGGAGGUCAGCCCCCAUCUCAGGGAAUGAACUGGAAAGAGUUCAACACAUCACUAGACGAGAUUGUCACCACAUCCUCAGAGAAGCUGAGGAAGAAACUGUACAUAGAGGCAGAGGUGGCAGCGAGGAUUGAUGGCUACAGGGAGACAGUGCCUCUGUUGAGGCUCUCUCAGAUUGCAGGAUAUCUGAAUUUAGACUCCAUAGCAAAAUCGGUGAAAGAGAACAUUGCCCGUAAGGUUGUGGAGUGGAGAGAACGACCAAGCAGUUCAGGAUCCGGUAAAGGAGCUCCACAUCAUGAGGGUCAGCUUGUUGUUUCCGAUGAAAAACUCAUAACAAUGGCUAAUGUUAAACUGCUGGCUAACAAUGUUAACAGGAGAGCUCGGAUCAGGAGGGAGAGAUGGGACAAUCAGGAUGAUGACUGGCCCUACUACUCCACAACUUAAGAAUAAAAUCCUUAUGCGAAUCCUUGUUGAUUGUUUUGUAUAUAAAGUGUGAACACACGAUUAUCAGUUGAAAUGAUAAUUCACUGGACAACCUGGACCAGUCCAAUUUUAAGACAAUUUAAAAGUUGCCGAGAGUGGAAAACAUGGCGACUUGAAAGCUGGUUUCUCUUCCCUCCGAGUCUGUUUAAUGUACAUGAAUGUAUUCAAUAUGCCUAUUAUGUGAUAUUAAUUGUUGGUCAUUAUUUUGUACAUUGAAAGUUUGUACACAAAAAUAAAUGUAACUUUCAAAAAUC